CGCAAACUCACUUCCUGUCGAUGUGAAAAUGGCGGACUCGUUCAACGAUGAGAGAAUUGCAAAUGAAUUAAAACGCUUUGGUGAAACAAUUAAGCUCCCUAUUGAUAGAAAAAAGCGACCAAUACUAAUUAAAAAGCUCAACCAUUACUAUGCCAGAGAAAAUCCUCCACUGAAGAAGGGCAAAGCGUCAAGUAGAGCGCAAAGAUUUGCACCGAAACCGGCGACGGCCGAGUUUAGCGAUGACAGCCAAGACGAAACCGAAACUAGGCCAGAGAGAGGAAAAGGUCGAAUCGGAAGAAAUUCUUUAGCGAACAACUCAUUUAAUCGAGCCUCUCCUAGGAGACUUAGAGGCAGAGACAUUGCCAAUGGUGCUAAUAGUAACACAAGUGAGGACAAUCUGCGAUUUCGUGGUGGAACAAGCAGGAACAAACCUGUGUCGGAAAUAUAUCCUAAUGAGUUUUCUGACAAUGAUACAGCAGAUGAAAGUGUUUAUGAAGUUGAAGAACAGUCUAUUGGAAUAAAUACUACACUAAAUUAUGAUGAUGGUGACGAUACCUUGGAUGAAGAAGAUUUCAAGCCCGGUUACAUGACACGGAAGUCGGGUCCCAAAAGGAGAAAAUAUGAUAAUAAUAUAUCAACUAUAAGUCAAGCAAACACUUCAAGUAAUCAUAUUAGUUAUGAUCGUACAAAAUCUGGUGGUUCUUCAGAAUCUGUUGAUCCAAGUGAACGUGGCCAUUUCAUUUCUAAAACUAUACUAACAGUGGUGGGAAUAUUCUUUAUCACCCUUGGUCUUGGUUAUCUCUAUGUGAGAAGGGAUCUUUUCUUACCCAAAGAGGCAGCUUCAUCUCAAACAGAUCUCAUGGGGUUCAUUUUCAAAGAAGGACAAAUAGAGUACAACUACACGAUAAAAGAAAUUAAUAACGGAGCACUACCUGUUAUAAACCAGCUUCAUGAAGAAUUAGCAGGACGGAAAGGAAAGUAUCAACUUGGAAAAAUACAGCAGAGUGAAAUCAGGAUGCCAAGGAAAGAGGUGGAAGGAUACGUAAAUAAAUCAAUAUGGAUAAAGGAAAAACAUGAAGGGGAGAAGGAAGAGGAGAAGAUGAAGCUGCUGAUUCUAUGCUUGGCACUUAUAAUCAAAUAUCCUGAGUGGGAUUUGUUGGCGUAUGACCAGUAUGGUAGCGAGGCAAAUACUGUAGAAGAAGUGUCCAUGCUGGAGAGUGUUCAUGGUGACUUGCCAUUAUCACAGAGAAUCAUCUUGGCUCUAUACAAGGUGCUCUAUGGACUGUGCCUACUGGUUUUAUGUGUAUUUGUUGGUGUGUUGGGUAUUUUUUACCUGAGGUGGCAGAAUAAGAGAAAGGAGAAGGCUCAGCAGAAAGUUUAUGACAUGGUGGAGAAGAUAAUUGAAAUGUUGAAGGAUAAUUUCGAGUUGGCUGAAAGAAAGAACGACAACAAAAAUUACCCGCCUUAUAUGGCAGUGCAGCAUAUCAGAGACCAGCUUAUACCAGUGUCUAAACGGCGUCAAAUGCAGUCACUAUGGGACGAUGCAGUAGAAUUUAUAGAAAGUAAUGAAUCAAGGAUCCGAGUAGAGACACAAGUUAUACAAGGAGAGGAGUUUACUGUCUGGAGAUGGCUUCAGGCAAUGCCAAAUGGACACAAAAUGUGGCAGGGACAAGCAUUUGGUGAGACAAGUCAGGGUAGUGUGAACAGUUUACCAUACGGUCCUACUCCAUGUUUGAAAGUUAGGAAUAUGUUUGAUGCAAACACGGAACAGAAUGUUGACGAUUGGCAUCUAGACAUUGAGGAAAGUGUGCUAGAAAAAUGUAAGGAUAACCAUGGUAUUCUACAUAUAUUUGUAGACAGGACCUCGAGAGAGGGCUGUGUAUACAUAAAAUGUAUCAGUUGUGAAAAAGCCUAUGAGGCUUAUCAGGCUUUACAUGGAUGGUGGUUUGAUGGUCGUUUAGUUACGGUGAAGUAUCUUCGUCUAGAGCACUACCAUGAUAGAUUCCCCGACUCAAGGAAUAAAAGAUAUCCACUGAAACCUUCAAAAUCCGAGAUGCCGUCAGUAUCAAGGCCAUAUCAUAGAUCUGCUCUCGAAAUGACAUAAAAUCUUUACACAGAGAUGGAUAUUUGCGGAGAUUAAAUAUUACUGCGGUUUGAUUGACACUUGAAUGUGUGCGAAAAAUUGAGCUGAAUCAGGUACAAGCGUUGUAUUAGAUAUGUUUGGAAUAAAAUGAUUAAGGUUCUUCCCCUGACAUAUAUUGAUUCAUGUACAAAGGUCGUUUACAAAUUGCCGAACAAAAUGGUUUUCCUUUCAUUCUUUGAAAUUCUCAUUCGGUAGAAUUUUUAUUACACGGAAGUGCAGUGUUAAAAUAGUCUAAAAAAACUGUCAGGACAGAAGGAAGUAUAAUGUAUUUAAGACAUUCAAAAUGCAUUAUUAAGUGAGAUUUUUCUUUGUACUCAAGGAUGUUAAUCCUGUACAGACCUUGAAAAAUCUUUGAAUAUGUUCCUUAAAGUUCUGUGUAAUAAGAUUCCCCCAAAAUUUAGUACAUUACGUCUCAUUUCCUCAAUUUCAUAUGAGAGAAAAAUGGGAAGUAACAAUUUUCUACUGAAACUCUGCUGUAUCAAGUGCAGUACAAACUUUUCUGUCAGCCAGGUGUUUAACUGGAGUGUAACUAACAGGUCUUUGUUGACAUUAUUUAAAUAUUUACAUGUAUUUGUGGGUGUUAGCAGAUAUUGUGAACUAAAAAAAUAAUGUCUUUGUAGAAGAUAGUGGAGGCUGACAUUAUUUUUCAGGGGUUCAUAAUAUCUGCUAACAGCUGCAUUUGGUAUUUAUGAGACUACCAGUAUACAAAAAGAAAGAAACAAUAAAGGGUUCAUGAUAUUACAAAAAAAAAUUAGCAUAAUUUAACAUUAACAUUUUCUACUGUGAAAACCGGGUAUCUAUUUUUAGACUGAAGUGCUAUUUUUACGGCUGGGCCAUCAUGAUCUUGAUUGGAUAAUGUUAAGAAAUUUUAAAUGGUGCAAUAUAGGAAUUUUGUAUAAAUAUGGAAAUACAUGUUAGGGUCUUGUGAAAUAAGAUAUUGUAGGACUUGCUAAAGAUAGAUGGAACAGAAACUUUAAUACAUUUUAGAGAUAAAUUUUGUUGAUUGUAUUAUUUUAUAGGGCACUGCGUAAAGGUAGUUGAUGUUCUUUAUAGAUGUAAAUAUUGCUAAGACAGAUUAUUCUUCAUGGAAUCUAUUCAUUAUGUUUUUUAAUCCUUAUGUUAACUGAGCAUAUAAAUUCUUAAAUAUUUAUGAAGAUGUGUGAGAAAUAAAGUUUGUUUUUUAGCUCGACUAUUCGAAGAAUAAGUAAAGCUAACCUACUCACCACGGCGGUGUUGGCGUCGGCGUCACACCUUGGUUAAGUUUUUCGUACCAGUCCACAUUUUGACAAAGUCUUUUGAGAUAAAGCUUUGAAACUUUCAACUCUUGUUUACCAUCACCAUGUCCAGUUAUAGGCAAGAGCACAUAACUCCAUCUUUUGACUUAGAAAUCAUGGUUAAGUUUUUUGUACCAGUUCAUAUUUUGACAGUCUUUUGAGAUAAAGCUAUGAAAAUUUCAACACUUGUUAACCAUGACCAUGUCCAGUUAUAGGCAAGAGUACAUAACUCUAUCAAGGAUUUUGACUAAAUUAUGGCCCCUUUUGACUUAGAAAUCUUGGUUAAGUUUUUCUUACCAGUUCAUAUUUUGACAAAGUCUUUUGAGAUAAAGCUUUGAAACUUUCAACACUUGUUCACCAUCACCAUGUCCAGUUAUAGGCAAGAGUAAUUAACUCCAAGAAUUUUGGCUGAAUUAUGGCCCCUUUUGACAUAGAAUUCUUGGUUAAGUUUUUCAUACCAAUCCACAUUUUGACAAAGUCUUUUGAGAUAAAGCUUUGAAACUUUCAACACUUGUUUUCCAUCACCAUGUCCAGUUAUAGGCAAGAGUACAUAACUCAUCAAGGAUUUUGGCUGAAUUAUUGCCCCUUUUGACUUAGAAAUCUUGGUUAAGUUUUUCGUACCAGUUCAUAUUUUGUGUAAAGUGUUUGACAUAUGGCUUUGAAACUUUUAUCACUUGUUCAUUAUUGUAGUCUCUAUCUGUAGGCAAGAGUACAUAACUCUGUCAUCUAUUUUGGCUGAAUUAUGGCCCUUUUUGGACUUGGAAAUUGGUUCUGUUUUUGUACAAUUCCACGUUUUGUCAAAAUUAUUUGACAUAUGGCUUUUAAACUUUGAACACUUGUUUAUCAUCAUGACUUCCAUCUGUAGGCAAGAGUGCAUAAUUCUGACAACUAUUUUGGCUGAAUUAUGUCCCUUUUUGGACUUGGAAAUCAGUUAAACUUUUCAUACCAUUCCAUAUUUUGAUUAAACUGUUUGACUUUGAACACUUUAUUGCCAUCAUGGUCACACAUUGCCAUUUAGUGCAAGACUUAUCAAAAUCCACAAAUACAGGAACAUGGUUUAACAAAUCUAGUUUUUUCUUUUGUCUGAAAAUCUGUGGUAAUAUUUUGACUCCAUUCUUCAAUCAAUUCUUCAAAUAGUCGAGCGCGCUGUCAUCCGACAGCUCUUGUUUUGUUUUUUGUAGUGAAUGUAGAAUAUAUCACAGAGAAGUGGGACAAUUUUAUAUUUUCUUGACCAUGUAGUAAGAUAAUGUUAAAAUCUUCAAGAUGAGAUAUUUUUGAUAUUCACAAAAAAAAACAAAUUAUCUUUGUAUUUUAUGCUUAUUUAUAUUAAAAUACAAAUUUUGGAACAAAUUGUAACCUCAGAAUGGGAAACAGGCUCGUAAACAAAAUCAAGUCGGAGGUAUAGUGGCAUUACAAUAACACAUGCAACAUAAAGUUCCAUUUCACUUUAUUAUUUACAGCAAAGCAUUCUCCUUUAGUAAUGUUAUCUGAACUGAGAAAUAUAUUAUAAAGAACGGCUACAAUUUUCACUCUGUUUUAUUGCGAAAAUUUAGAAAUUAAUACAAGUAGAUCUGCAAAGUUGUUUCACUCACAUUGUGACUGACAUGGAUUAUAUCUCACUGAUAACUUUAGGUUUUUCAAAGAAAAGUAUAAAUGAAACAGACUACUAGUUAUUAUAGUACAGACUGUCUGAAAUUUUUAUAAUAUAUUAAUUUCAUUGUCUAUUAAUUUUUGGAGAAAUGAAACUAAAAAAACACACUUUUAUUUAAAUGUUCUUUUGCAUAUUUUGUAGGAUCAUGAAUAAAGGGUUCAUGUCAUGACAGUUAAAGGAUUCUAACAUAGCUUAGAAGUAAGCAAAGUCUUGUGUUUACAACCAUUAUCUUGACAAAAGUUAUAUAACUAUUAUGUUGAUGGAAUGGCCACUCGUACUGACUCAUAAAAACCUUCUUUAUCAGGAACAUAAAAAUAUUUCAUUUGUAGCAUGUUUAGAAUGAGAAAAAUGCAAUGAUUGUUUGAUGAUAUUUGUUCUUCAGUUUGAAAUAAAACAGACUUGACUGACAGUUAUGAUAUGAAAUGUCACGAUUUGAAAUUAGUUUCUAGCCAGCAUAGAAGUUGUUCGAGAUUGUCUCAAAUUGAAAUAAAAAUUAAGAAUAAAGAUUUAAUUUUCUA